ACGGGCCAAGUCCAUUCGCCCUAACAAAUACGGAGUACUUGUCCUACUCCACAUCGAACCUAGCUACUCGACGAUCGGCGACGAUGCCCGACGAACCAAAGAAACGGACCAGCGCACGGCGCGCGCGCCGCCGCGCAUCGGCCGGUUUGACGAAGGCAAGUGAAGAAGAAGAGCACGUGGUGGUGGUGGUGCCCCCAUGGGCGGACCUCCCGUUCGAUCUCCUCGCCGACAUCUCGCGCCGCCUCCACGCCACCGCCGACUUCGCCCGCUUCCACGCCGUCUGCAAGUCAUGGCGCCGCACGCUCCCGCCCCAUCCCCCCACCUUCCUGCCGUGGCUCCUCUCCCCCGGCGACGCCACCGGCCACCGCACCGCCCGCUGCGUCUUCUCCAAGUCCAGCCGCCACCCCGCCGCCGCCCCGAUCCGAAUUCCAACCAAGAGCCAGCUGGCGAUCGGCUACGACGGCGAGCCCUGCAGCCUCUACUACCCUCUGAUCAUGACCGGAGGAGCCGCCGCCACCACCCCUCUGCCCUCCUGCCCAGAUGAGAUGAAGACGUGGGCCGAUCACUUCUUCUUCUCCGUCUCCGGCGACGGCACAGUCUUUGUGUACGCCCUUGGUGAAACCUAUUGGGAUCAAUACGAUCACGCGUACAGGUGCCACUUCCACGCCGCAAUCCUGCGUCCCGGCGACGAGGCGUGGAUGCUCAUGGAUAGGCAUCUCAUUGUCAACUUCCCCUACCUCUUGAGGGAUGUCUGCCGUGUCCUAUAUACCGACGACGGCAAGAUGCUACUGCACAAUGGUAAGGAUUAUUGGUGCGUCGUGACGACCGGAGCAGCCACCACCGCCGGCGAAGGCAAGUGGAGUCGGUGGUGGCCAGAAGAGCCAGGCAAGGAGAUCCAAUCCAGCCACCUCCUCGAAUAUCGCGGCGAGCUGCUCUGGGCGUUCGUCCUCGCCGACAGCGGCUACUGCAGCGACGUCCGGGGCUGCCGUGUCGCCGGCAGGCCGCUGGCGAGCGCGUUGUCGGUGUCGGUGUACGCGCUGGAGGCGGAGGGCGGCGGCAGCUGGGUGUGGGUGAGGAAGGACGGCCGGAGCAUGGACGACCGCGCGCUGUUCCUGGGGCGCCCGGUCAGCCUCGCCAUGGACGCCGCGCAGCUGGGCGUGGGCCGCGGCAGCGGGUGCGCCUACUUCGUCCACAGGUGGGCGUGGGCGACGGCGGCGGGGCGUGAGCGGUGCCGCGUGUUGAGGUACAGCUUCGGCGACGCCACGUCGGAGGUGGUGGAGCUGCUUCCUCGCGCGGUAGCCCAGUGGUGGAGCGAAGGCGGCGACGGCUGCAUCUGGCUCGCGUCGCCGCCGCCGCCUGCCAUUGCUCUUGCUCCCACCACCAUCGAGGAAAUCAAAGAGAGAGGCCUGCAGGUUGUUGAGCCUAAUGUGCAACUAAUGAGGAUCCACGUUGGCAAUCUGCCGAGGAAGGUAGACAGCCAUGGGCUGAGACGCUUCUUGAUGAGCAAGAUCAAGAGCAAGCAUGGGCAUGGGCAUGACGGAUUCGUAGUGGUUACGGAUGCGAGGGUGAUGUGCGAGAGAAGUAGCAGGGGACGUUUUUCACGAGGUUUUGGAUUCGCAACAAUGGCGAUCGCAGCGGAUGCUGAACCGGCCGACGUUGUCACCAUGCUCAAUGGACAGAUUUUGGAUGGGCGUCCCUUGCGAGUAAAAUUUGCAGACAAGGACCAAAGGGGAUCAUCUGUAUGUGUCUAGCACUGCAUGCGCUCAGUGAACUUGCAAAUUGUUAAGAGCUGAUCGAGGCAACGCAAAUGGAUGAUCGAUGCUGAUGGUUAUUUUCAUGUGAAGGAGGAGAGGAGAGUCUGGAAUACCAACCUUCAUUUGGCAAUCUCUUCUAUUUGGAAGUUCAUAUGAUUACAUUCACACACACACAUCUAUAUAAAUAUCCUCUUCUAUAUAAAUAUAUCUGCAUCGAUCUUCAGGGGAAAAGAAUAUUACGCGGUUUUGUCAUACUCACAAGUUGCUAUGAAUUUUAAGUUGCAAAUUUGUAGAGUGAUAUAUUACGUAUUAAUAUAUUUUAUCAAUUUUUUUUAAAAAAAUCAUAACUAUUUGAGUGGCAUUGAUCUUGGGGGGACUACUACACGGUUUUCUCAUACUCACUCAUCAGAAUAUUGCUUUCUCUUUAGCGAAUUCGAUUACGAAAUUAAGAAAGUUAUUACAUUCCGGGCAGGUAAUUGCGGGAAAAUAGAACAAGAUUCUGAGCUGCUGGUCUAGUGCUCGCCACAUGACUGUAGCAUCCGGCUC